AUGGCCGGCUGGCAUGACCGCAAUGUGACCGCUCCUCAUCUGUCCCUCCACGCCGUCCUGAUCUGCCUGCUCACCCUCCUCGUUCGUGUCACCACCGCCCUCCAGUCUGUUACCGGGUCGCCUUGCGAAUCCGUCUGCGCCAGCGCUGGCAGCCUCUCGGACGAUGUCGUCUGCCUCGAUGCAGACUACCAGUCUCUCCAGCAGGGCCGAGCCUUCAACCAAUGUGUGGCAUGUCAGUUGAACAGCACGGCCAUAGACACAAGCAAGAAUGAGACGGACGUAGAGUGGGGACUGCUGGCUCUUCGCUACACUCUCGCAGGAUGCAUGUUUGCGAUUCCCGAAGACCGGAUCUCCAUCAGCAGUCCAUGCCAGGUCAGCUGCGCCGUGCUGAACGAGACCAUCGGCUACGAGAUCACGAACGACACCUCCACGAGUCAGCCUGGCGAAGCGUUCUGCAAUGUAGGAGACUUUGACGACACAUCUAUCAACAGAUGUGCAUUAUGCUACAGCUAUAUCCCACAACAAUUAUUCCUCGCCAACUUCCUACAAGCACUGCACAUUGCUUGCCGACAGCCUCCCGUGGCCGGCAAGCCGUUCUUCCCCGACGCAGCCUCGAUCUUCAACGAAACACUAAUAGCCGGUCCCACCAGCGCAUCCAACAGCAACUCCUCAACCUCCGGACUGCACGGCUGGAAACUCCCUCUAGCCAUCGCCCUGCCCAUCGUAGGCGGCAUCCUGCUCCUCGGAAGCACAUGCUGGUGCUGCUUCGCAUAUACACGCAAGCGACGACAACGCAUGGCCCAGACAGGGCGCAUGAGUCGAGUCCACGACCAGCACGCCGACAGCUUGUACAGUCCCAUGUCAGCCAAGGCUGUCGAAUCAUGGGGUCGUGCGGAGCCGCCGACAGAAAUGCACGCCAUCAGCCCGACCCUCAGUGGCCACAACGCUCACGCGAAACAACCAAGCCCAGGUCUCGCGCAGGGUAGAUGGAGUCACCAGAUGACCCCGGGUCAGAAAUCCGAUUUGGCAAGAUGGAGUGCUCAACAACAACUAGCCGUGUCGGCGGGAGGAUCAAAGGAGGGCACUCCAUUGAGAAGCAGUUUCCAAAGAGAAGACGUCGGGCCUGGACGGGACCAAGUCCAGGAUCCGAAUCUGCAUGAGCAGUUCUUCGGGGUCGACGACGAAGAUAUAGAUGGUGACCUACCUGGACCAAGUGACGGUCAGCAGCACCCAUAUUUUCCACAGCCUGGCGUACAUGGGGCUGGACCGGGCGAUGCACAGCAGUCAUACUAUCCUUAUCCGACCGGUGUACAUGGAGCAGGUGGCCUGCAUGCGCAGGACUAUCACAGCGGGCAUUUCAUAUAA